AUGCACUUCUCCACCGCCCUCCUCGCCAUACCAAUCCUGGCCAGUGCUGCCUUCGCCGAUGAAGUCGUCUACCUUGCCAAUUGCCACUUCGCUGCUGGCUCGACCGGCGGUCAAGCAGAGUACUACAAGGAGAUUGCCAACUCGCAAAAUGGACAGAACCCAGACUCCGGCUCUGUAGCCCACAUUACCAAUGGAAGUCCAUUCAAUUUCGAAGGCCAGAACAGCCGGGUCUUUCAACAGACUGGCGUCACUUUUCAAAGUAACAUCAACGCUGGCGCCAACGGCCUUGCUGUUGGAGCAUUUGCGGGCACUGGAAACAACGGGAGGCCUUUCAACUGUUUCCGUGAUAGCAAGAGGCAGUUGGACUCGGCUUGCAUUGCGGAGUACUUUUGCCGUGAUGUAUGA